AUGGGGAGGGUGCGAGUUAGGAAGGUUUUUAAAAACCCCAAUCGGUUCUUUGAGUUUUGGCUGACAAACUUAGCGAAGGAGGUUAGAAAUGAUUCUUGGAAGAUGUCCAGAGCACUAGUUUCUCUUAGGAAAUACCCUAUUAAACUCAACUCUGGUAAAGAAUGCGAGAUUCUCAGUGGCUUUGGGCCAAGUAUCUGCAACAUUUUGGACAAGAAAUUGGAGGAAUUUGCUUGUGAACAUUCUCUUUCACUUUCGGAGGCUCUUGUGUUGGGUAACUCGCUAUCGCACUCUGAGCUCCUCAGACGUUGCAUACCGAAGGUGCUGUCUUGCCCAUCUUCUUCACCAGUAGUGCAUUCUUCCGCUGCAGUUGACGCAAAUGCUGUUCAUCUGGGUCCUCUAUUAUCUGAAGGGGAUGAUUCUCCUUCCGACUAUCUCAUCGGUAGAUCUUACGACAUUAUUUUGCUUAUGGAUGUUCGUGAGACAUUCGGAAUGUCAAAGGUAAAGGAACUUAUGCAAACACAGGCGGUAAGAUGGGAAGCUCGCAGUCUUCCUGUUGGUGACUUUGUUUGGAUCGCGCAAAAUGUCGGGGGAACUUCUAAAUGCGAAGAAAUUGUCCUGGGAUUGGUUAUUGAACGCAAGCGGGCAGACGAUCUUGCCUCGAGCAUUGUUGACGGCCGUUUUAUGGAGCAGAAAGGAAGAAUGCAGAAGUUAGGCUUUCGAAAAAUAUACAUUUUUGAGGAGUGCAAGUCCAUGUACAACCUUCGCAUAUCACACGAAACACUUUUGCAGGCGAUGGUUAAUGCUCAGCUGAUAGAUGAAUGUGAUUUCGUCACUUGUACAAGCGGAGAGCAAUGCGUAGCAUAUCUUGCCUCAGUGACUCGUCUCCUGAUCACCAAAUCUCAGUUUAACUGUGCGGUAUACUCUGACGGACGCAGGCCUCAGGAGUCAUUUGGUGGUGAUCGGUUGUGGGGCAUUCCCUGGACUGAAUACAUCAAUCUGGGCAAGAAAUCACCUGCACUCCCAUUACGUGAACAAUUUGGUCGUCAUCUCCUCCAGAUUCAUUCAAUCACUGGCUCCAAAGCGGAGGAUAUUGUUGGUUUGUUUCCCACUCCUAAGAGCCUCUUCGCUGCGUACGAUAGUCUCGCCUCUGAGGAUGAAAAGAAGGCAAUGCUGAUGCAAUCCAGUCGCUCCUCGGGUCUCAAAUCACACGAGGAUCUGCCAAUCAAACUCAUCUCUCGUGCUGUCAGGUUCUUCUUCACCCUUCGUAGUUUCGACCCCAGUAGCAGAUGUCAGCAACCUGCUGCACUCGGUACAUCCAGUGCAGUAGCCACUUUCCAGCUUGGCUAG